AUAAAUCAUAGGAUAAUUACAGUCUAGAAUCAAAUCAUUAGCAUAAAUUCCAAUAAUUCCCACCUAAACCAUUUUCAAGAUAGGACGUGACAACCACACCCCACAUCACCAUUCCCCCAUGUGACAAUCAAUCAAUUAAAUCCCCACUCAGUCCCCUCCAAAUUCCUCAACAGUAGUGCCGGAAAUGGCAAGAAACUGGCUGUUGUUCCUCUGUGGUUUUGCAGUGACGAUCAUGAUGAUCUGCCCAGCAUCCUCAUCAGCCGACUGGAACAUUCUGAACCAGUUAAGGAAGAGAUCAGAAGGCGCAGUUUCUGCAGGUAGGAGCUUGAAGAACUACUGCGAGAGCUGGAGGUUUAAUGUGGAGCUCAACAACGUACGGGGGUUUGAGGUUGUCCCCCAAGAGUGCACUGACUACAUUGCCAAGUACAUGACUUCUACCCAGUACAAAUCUGAUUGUCAGAGGGCUGUCGAGGAGUGUCAGCUCUAUCUCACCACCUGCUGCUGCGCCCUCAAAGGGGAUGGGAAAGAUGCAUGGAUCUUUGAUGUGGAUGACACCUUGAUUUCCACCCUUCCUUACUUCAAGAAACAUGGCUUCGGAGGAAACAAGCUGAACCUUACAUCCCUAGAAGGAUGGAUGGAGAAGAGCAAAGCACCAGCUCUUGAACAUACGCUCCGGCUGUUCCAUGAGAUCAAGAAAAAGGGCUUUAAGGUCUUUUUUAUCUCGACACGGAGGGAGUCUCUGAGAGAUGCCACCGUUGACAACCUAAUCAAGGAGGGGUACCACGGCUGGUCCGGUCUUGUACUAAGGGAUCUUGAAGACGAAAACAAACACGUGAAGAACUACAAGGCCGAAGCAAGGAAGAGGUUGGUUAACGAGGGGUACCGUAUAUGGGGCAUCGUCGGUGACCAAUGGAGCAGCUUCGACGGGACCCCGGGCGCCAAGAGAACAUUCAAGCUCCCAAAUUCCUUGUACUACAUAUCCUGAAGCUGCUCAGGCCUCCUGCAAGAUGAGCAUACGUAACCUAAUAUCCUUCACAUAAAGUGUUGCUUGUGAGUUUCCCUGGCAAAACUGUAUCCACCUUUUUGUGAUAUGUUCUGCGCCAGGGAUUGUGAUCUCACAGGCACAGGGCAUGCCCUGAAAUUGUGCAAUGACUCCAUUCUGCAACUUGUGUUGAGAUAUUUUGACUCGAUGUAUUUAAAAGAUCUUAUAAGCUCAUAUGUAUUAUAAGAUGUCGAAUCUUAUUUUAAAAUAUUUGAAUGAAAUAAGAUGACGUUGUUUGUGAUGA